UAUGGUUUUGUAGAUUAGUUCAGUUCAUUGGGCUCAAUGGGAAUCUGGGGAAGUUCUCCUGCGGCCAUGUGUUCAGUGGAGGAGCGUUGCGCGGAAUGGGCAGCCAAGUACAUGGAAUAUUGCCUUUGCAGCACAAAGGAUUGGGUUUCAUUCAUAUUGGGAUUGAUAAGUUUAAUGAGUUGGGCUGUUGCUGAAAUCCCUCAGAUCAUCACAAACUACAAGCAAAAAUCUGCUGAAGGCCUAUCUCUUGCUUUCCUCAUCACAUGGGUAGUAGGCUUCCAAAACAAUACUACAUGGCAAUGUUAUAUACAUUUACAACAUUGAUUGUUGCUGGGCAAACCAUAUACUAUGGCUACAUCUAUUAUCGCCUGAAACCUUAUAAACGUUCUCAUGAGGUAUGGCACUUUUAUCCUUCCAUUAUUCGAU